UAGAAGCAGGCAGGAGAGAUCGUUCCGUAUCAAGACUGUUUUAUUAGUGGGUGUGUAUGCAUGAGUUCUGCAUCGAACGGGCGCAAAAACCGCCCCAGAUCGGCCGGGACCAUCUCCCAGAUCGGCAAGCCCCUCUACCGAGACCCCCAGCGGCGGGAGAGCACGGAGAGUAGCCGCCGAGCCCAGCGCUCCGUGGCCGACUGCAGGAUGAUCGUGCAAGAGUUCAACACGCUGGUGGCUCUGUACCGCGAGCUGGUCAUCUCCAUCGGCGAGAUCACCGUCGACUGGCCCAACUUGCGGACUGACAUGCUGAGGACUCGAACCAAAGGCUGCGAGAUGGCCAGGGCCGCACACCAUAGUCUCACCUUGAUAGCAGGGCCGGAGGAUGGCGAGAUUCACCCGGAGAUCUGCAGGCUCUUCAUCCAGCUGCAGUGCUGUCUGGAGAUGUACAUCACCGAGAUGCUCAAGUCCUUCUGCUUGCUGGGAUCCCUGCAGCUCCACAGGAAAGGCAAAGACUCCUGUAGCUUCGUCCCCUCAGUGGACAAGAAGACCGAGGAGAGCUCGGACGUCCCCAUCCUUGAGGACACGUCCUCCUCGCCCACCGACGGCCCUCCGCUCGGCGGGCUGGUGGCCACGGACAUAGAAAACAUUGAAAAGGACAUGAGGGAAAUGAAGAACCUUCUCAGUAAACUCAGGGAGACGAUGCCUUUACCGCUGAAGAACCAAGAUGACAGCAGUUUGCUGAACCUGUCUCCCUACCCGCUGGUCCGACAGAGGAAGAGACGCUUCUUUGGCCUCUGUUGCUUGGUAACCAGCUGAGGUAGCAACAAAAACAACAAGAGACAAAAUUGUCCUUUUUCGCCCUCCACUACUCUACUACUGCCAUUUUCAAUCAAACAAACAAAAAAUAGCAAGGCUGCCCAUUGUUCUUCUCCACGGAGAAUAAAUAGCAACACAGUCCCAUGGUUUUGGGUCAAUGGAGCCGGUUGUCCGGUGUUUAAUGGAAAACAGAAAAUGUAUCCCUCCUGUUAUGUUUUUUUUGAAAAGGCCAAUGUGAGUCACUGCAUGUUUAGGCAGUAAAAAUAAUAAUUAUGAAAAUAUUUAAUUAAACGAAGAACAAAAAUACUGCUGUAUCCCCUUGUUUGUUUACAUUUUUCAAAACAGUGGUACAAGUGAAGUAAAAAAAAAAAAACUUUCAGCUGUUUUUUUGAACAGGACAAACAGUCAAAACCAAAAUGAAAACACUCACAAGGAGCAUGGAGAAAACACUCACACUCGGCAACAUGACUGAGUCCAGGCUCCUUAGCCACGCCCUCUUCAAAGCACACUAACACACAAAUUUACUAGUGUGUGUGCAUUCCAGACUUGGUGCUUUGUUCCUCUUCAUAAAAAAACUUUUUUUUUUUUUUUUACAUUCUCUUUUGUUUUAUUAUGCUUCUCACAUUUUACAAUGCAGUGCAAUUCUCAUUAACACAUUCACUGCCAUUGAUGGCUUUAGAAGUCAAAUAUCCAUGUUAACUGGGAAGGCUGGCAGUGAAUGACUUUUAAACCCCCCCCCCCCCCCCCAAAAAAAUGGUGGCGUUUCUUUUUCAGGGCUGGAGCGGAUUAAUGGCAUUUCAAUUCAUUUCAGGGGGGGGAUUGCUUUGAUACAGUACAUGAGUAAAGUGAGCCACCAGCUUGGUCACAGAAUAAAUUUAACUCGUACGUCAAGGUACGACUAUUUUAUUUGAAGUUCAAACGGGUCAAAUUGACCCGCAAUAUAACAGGAGGGUUAGGAAUGUAAAUGUCUGUUUUGCCACCUGAAUGUUUGAGGAUGGCGAGGAAGUCAUUUUGAUGUGUCGUCCAGUCAAGUAGUUUCUUGUUUCGCCUCCUCCCUGUUCUUAAUUUAGUCGUCAAUGAAAGAUAAAACUGUAUCUUAACUUUACAACUUCAAAGUGCAAUAUAUUGUAUGAUAACAUGGAGAGAAAUUCUUUGCACACACACACACGCACACAUAUAUAUACACACACAUAUAUACACACACGUAUAGUAUUUAUGGAGUUAAACUGGUUUGUUAUUGGUUACUGGUGCUCAGCAUGGCGCCACCUUGUGGACGAUGCUUGUUGUUCGUAUUUAGGGCCCCUUGGAGGUACAGUUCAGUACACGAGGAUGAUGUAGAUCAUUUUACAUUGUUAAUAAAACUUUUGUUAUGGAAAUGAA